AUGCAAUCGGCGGCCGAUCAGUUUCUGGACUCAUUGGAAGUUCCAACCCCCGAUCAGAUAUUAAUCCAGUUGAACGAAUCCAAGGAGAAACUACGAGACACCGAAUCAAUCCUUAAAGUCUUGCAGGAAGCCAUGGAAACUACCAAACAAUUGCCAGAGGGCGGGGACAAAGAGGUUCUUAUAAAAGAACUUCAGAGUAAUAUCAAUCGACAGAAGCUCCUUCUCGAACGCGAAUCGGUCAAGCUAUCGGUUAAAGAAGAAUACAUGAAGAAUGUGAUGAAAAUGGGAGGAAAUGUAGGAAACUCAGCUGGCUCGCAAGACGAAUGA